AUGGCGGCCAUCACAGACCUUUCCUGUAUGUAUCGCUGGUUCAAGAACUGCAAUGUGGUACGGGAUCUCUCAGAAAAGUAUGUCUUCAUCACCGGCUGUGACUCGGGCUUUGGAAACCAGCUGGCCAAGCGACUGGUUGACAGGGGCAUGCGGGUACUGGCUGCCUGCUUCACAGAGGAAGGGUCCCAGAAGCUUCAGCAGGAUACAUCCUACCAGCUGCAGACCACCCUACUGGAUGUCACCAAGACAGAGAGCAUCAAGGCGGCGGCCCAGUGGGUGAGGGACCAAGUGGGCGAGCAAGGUCUUUGGGCCUUGGUGAACAAUGCUGGUGUGGGACUGCCCAGUGGUCCCAAUGAAUGGCUGACCAAGGAGGACUUCGUGAAGGUGAUCAAUGUGAACCUGGUGGGACUGAUUGAAGUGACUCUCAACAUGCUGCCCCUGGUCAAGAAAGCCCGGGGUAGGGUUGUCAACAUGUCCAGCUGUGGUGGUAUAGUGGCUGCCAUUGGUGGUGGCUACUGCGUCUCCAAGUUUGGUGUUGAGGCCUUCUCUGACAGCAUCAGGCGCGAGAUGCACUACUUUGGAGUGAAGGUCAGCAUCCUCGAGCCGGGGAACUACCGGACUAGCAUUCUGGGCAACGAAGGUAUAGAACUGCGCAUGAGGAAACUGUGGGAAAGACUACCCCAGGAAACCAAGGAUAGCUAUGGAGAGGAUUACUUCCUUAUCUACACUGACAAGUUGAAAAACAUGCUGCAGUUGGCAGAGCCAAGAAUCGAUGCAGUCGUUGACUGCAUGGAGCAUGCUGUGGUUUCCCGAAGUCCCCGCAUUCGCUACAACCCUGGCUUAGAUGCCAAAUUCCUCUACAUCCCCUUGGCUAAGUUGCCCACUCCUGUGACAGAUUUUAUCCUGAGCCGGUAUCUUCCAAGGCCAGCAGACAGUGUCUAAACUGGAAACAACUGAGAGAUCAGUGGAAUGUACAGGAGGGAAGUGGGAGUAGAGACUGUGGGGUUUCCAAUAGCUGGUAUCAGUUGUUCUGGGGGACAUUACUUGGUUGACAUUCACU